AUCUAGCUCCUCUCCUCUCCUCUCCUCUCCAGUCCAUAUAUCAGAUCUUGACACGUUGGCUAUUACAAAGUCAAAGCGCUCAAAUUGACGAUCUAGCAGAGCAGAGAGGCGAGGUGCAUCACCCAGCGAUAGACAGACAUACAGACAAAUAUAAAAAUAAAACGAACACUGUGAAGACUGGAGGAAUCGUCUCUUGUUAUAUGUGUCUAAAAUUGAUAAUAACUCUUGAUUCCGCACCCUUUUGGAUUCUCUUGAUUUUAAUUAAUGCAUGAAAGCUCAACCAUUGGUUUUAUAUGAUGACAAAUGUCAAGAUCCGGAAACAGAGUGGCCUCUUCCGUCCGUGUGAGAGCGUCAUUGCAGAGGCUUAAAUCAUCUCCCUCAGAGUUUUGAUAACUGUGCUUUGCAAAUAUAGGAGGUAGGUAAGGGAAUGAGAAGUCCACGGAAUCUUGAGGUGUGGAAGAUGGGCGUUGUCAACUACUUGGAUGCACUUAAGCUGCAGGAGAAGCUGGUAUCUUAUAGAAAAAUUUGUAAGAUUCCAGAUACUCUCCUGUCCCUGCAACAUCCUCCAACAUAUACCCUUGGCAAACGGAGAACUGAUCACAAUUUGUUAAUACCUGUGUCUGAAUUGAAACAAAUAGGAGCUGAACUUCAUUAUACACAAAGGGGAGGAGACAUUACAUUUCAUGGUCCUCGUCAAGCCAUCUUAUACCCUGUUAUUUCUCUUCGGGAAAUUGGGCUUGGUGCUAGGAAUUAUGUAGAGAAACUAGAGUUAACUAUGAUUGAAUUAGCAUCCUUGUAUGGUGUGAAAGCUUGUGCUGGACAAAAGGGUGAGACAGGGGUUUGGGUUGGAGACAGAAAGAUUGGUGCAAUUGGUGUCCGGAUAUCGUAUGGAGUAACCUCUCAUGGGUUGGCAUUCAACAUUGAUCCUGACUUGAAGUAUUUUAAACAUAUUGUACCUUGCGGGAUUGGAGAUAAAGAAGUUACAUCUUUGAGAAGGGAGACAGGUGCUGUGCUUCCUGCUGAAGAAGUAAUUCGUGAGCAGUUAAUUUCUUGUUUUGCAAGACUUUUUGGUUAUAGUAGUAUCACAUGGAAGGAGAGUCCCUUGAUAUUGUCCGAUAAUGAAGAAAUUGAGUGAGUUGUAACUUAUAGUACGUGAAAUGAUUUCACUAUGUAACCUCUGAUUAAUAUAUUCAUGGGAGAAAGUUAAUCAAAAUUGUUGGUUUU